AUGACUUUAUUCAGUAUUCUACCAAAGCAACUCCUGAACAGGUGCCUUCAGAUUAGAGCUGCAUCAUCUUAUGCAUCGUUAUUGAAAAAGAAGACCAAAAGAGGCACCACAGAUAAAACUUCCAGAGACCAGAUUCUCCAUCUCGAUAUCACCAACUUUCUACGGGAGCAAACAAAAACUCUCGACCAUGUUAAGAUCCCCGAAGAUUUGAUCUUCAAGUUCUUAUUCGCCAAAAAGUCAGAACAAGUGGACGUACAAGAAGUUCACAUCUUAGCGUUAACUAGUGAAGGCGAAGGUCUUGCGCUCAUACCAAGAAGUUCUUACUACGGAGAGUCAACAUCCGCUCUAUAUACUGUUGUUAAGGUUCCAAAGACUACGGUUGGGGAUGUUGUCACCAUAAGACUCCGAAGACACCACGAAUUUUAUGCAGAGGCUGACUUGACCAAUGUAACCGGAAAGCGAGGCAAAAAUGCCAAAAGAAAUGACAGACUUGUGGUUUGCCAGCAUUUUAAUGAAUGUAAUGGAUGUCAAAUCCAGAUGAUUUCCUAUGAAGAUCAGCUUAAAUUCAAAGCUGAUGUUAUUCAAAGGGCAUAUAGAUAUUUUCACCCAGAGCUCAAAUUAGAAGAGUUGCACGAUUUUGGGUUUGUUGUCCCUUCUCCAUUACAGUAUUCCUACCGGACGAAACUAACACCGCAUGCCAAAGUCCCGAGAUCGCUUGCAAAGACAGAUCUUCCAUUAGCCGUGGGAUUUGAUAGCAUCAGAAAAAUCUCCCCUUUAGUGGACAUUCAAAAUUGUCCUAUCGCUGCUCCUUCUAUCAACAAGACUAUUCCGUAUUUAAAGGAGCGGUUCCAGAAAACGUUAGAAGAAUGUUUGGAAACGGGCUCUAAAAAGAAAAUCGACUCAAAUUUUUUACUCCGUGAUAGCAUGCAGAUUGAUGGAGAAACUGGAAGCCAUGAAUACGUUUGUCUCACUCGGCGUAACAACGUCAUCACUGAAAAGAUUGGAGAGUUUCUUUUCCAGUUUGAAGCCAAUGAAUUUUUCCAAAACAAUAGAUCCAUUCUUCCGACUUUUUUAGAAUUCAUCAAGUUUCACCUUCUGCAAAUUCCUGGUGGGUACACCCAUUUAAUUGAUGCUUAUUGUGGAUCAGGAUUUUUGGGAAUAUCGCUCUCGGACACUUUACCACAAGAUGGUAAAGUUUUCGGUAUCGAAAUUUCAAAAAAAUCCAUAGCGUAUGCAAAACAUAACGCUGGCAUUAAUGGUUUGGAUAGAAUUAACAAAGUACAGUUUGUCCACGGAAAUUCAGACUCCAUGUUCACUGAUGAACAGUUUUUGCGCUCUGGAGUAAAUAGCAAAGACUGUGUUCUCUUAAUGAAUCCAUCGAGAAAAGGUUCCACUGAAGAGUUUAUGGCCCAGUUGUUGGAGUUCAAACCCAAAGCAAUCAUAUAUAUCAGUUGCAACGUCUUCUCCCAAGCACGAGAUUUGGCAACGUUUGAAAGACUCCAGCGAAGAUCGUCUGUAAAGUACAAAGUCAAGACAAUUACCGGCUUUGACUUCUAUCCCCAAACGAAACACGUUGAGACUGUGGCAAUUCUAGAACUCGAGAACUAA